AUACGGGUUUUUAAUUUUAUUGCAUUUUAUAUGAGAUAUAGAUACAUAUGUUCUUUUGUAUUCGAUUCUUUGACGGAUAAUUCUAGGGGAAUUUGUCUCUUUCGUUUUUGUGUAUCUAUAUGUUUUGUGAAUUUGUAGCUCUUUCUCUCUUUCAGGUAAGCUUCUGGCCUUGUGGAUAAUUUUAUUCAAUUAUCAGUGUUGUGUUAGUGUAUUCUUGAAGGGCCAGAGCUCCAGUGAAUCAGGAUGGCAAUUUAAAGAGUUACAUUGAACUGGGGAAUUUUGCUAUUGGUUGUGCAUUCUUUCAUUGACAAGUAUCAUGAAUGGGGUGUGACGAAGUAGUGUUUCAUGGAACACGGGUGGUUCGUCUACGGAAUCAUAGGUGCAAUUAGAGAUUGAUUUGGAUGGUUUUGCUCUGAUAGCUAGUUGUCGCUUCUCCAAAAAUGAACAACAAUUACGGGGGAAAUCAAGAAGAACCAACUGUAGCAGGAUUUGAAGUUCCAAGAUCUCCUGAUGCUAGUUACAAUAAUGUAUACCCUGGCAAUGCAGAUGAAGGACCAGAACCUCCUGUGGUCCCCCCGCACCUGCAACACACCUUGCUAAACCAUCCAUCAGGUAGAGGAGGAGAUGCUCCCACAUCGGUUCCAUUGCCACAGAAUGUUGUCCUCAAUCAUCUUUACCUUGAAAACAGAGAGGCUCCGCGAUCAGUUGUGGCACUCGGAAUCACCCAUCGCUUUCGCGCAAAAUAUGUUACGGUUGUGCUUUAUAAACCAGUUCAGAGAAAUGGCAGUACCAGUACUUGAACCGUGACUCAUGUGCUUAUGUUUCUGCAUUUCAUUGAAGUAUCUAUGAUAACUAGUGCUGUCAAAUGUAGAAUGUUUGCCUUCUAACUUGCUAUGGAUUUGAAUCAGGAAUUAUUAGAGUUUCGUGGAUGGGUGUCCCUUAUAUAUUUUCCUUCUAAAUAUUUUAGUAUGCUGAUGGCUUAUAUUGUAGCAGAUUGAUUUAUUUAAUUAUAUUUUGAAUGUCACAAUUCACAAGUUUAUUGUACAUUUUCUUUGGAUUA